AUAAGCAACAUCUUUAAAAGUGAGAACGUGUAAUCGUCUUUAAUUUACCGGUCCGAGAGGAAACAUUUGAAAAUAUUCAAAAAUGCCUUCAACCUAUUCACAAACCACAACAACUAAACUGGGAUGUAAACAUAAAACUCAUCGUAUAUUAGUGAAGUGUGGUCGCCCCUUGAAUCAGUCAAGAAUUCACUGUUCAGUUAAUACAGAGAAACACCGGAACCAAAUCAGUCUUCACUCAAAGAAGGAAGCAAGAAUCUCCUUGCCACUAAAAAUUACAGGAUAUAAAAGCUCGGUUCUUAUACACAGGACGGUCCCAGGACUUUCAACCGGUGAACCAUCUGAAAAUAGUUAUCUUCGAACUUCAAAGUGUGAAAGAUUAUCGAACCAACAAGAAGCGAAAAUUACAAACACUGCAGAUAAAUGUUGUGCAAAAGAUGAUUCACAUAAUUUCGACGGGAUACCAGAAUGGCUGGAAAAGUCUGUGAAACCCAUUCAAAACUAUUUUCUCGAGGAAUGUCCGAAACUAAUGGCGAGUUUUCCACGUCAUGUUAGUGGAAGUGAUGAUUAUAUUUCAAUGAAAACAUAUGAAGCUGUUAAUAAAGCGCUUAAAGAUGCUAAAGCUAACCUACCCAAUAAUCUCGAAGAAAUUUUCUCAAAACUGGGUUUAGGUUCAUGGAUAAAAGAAUACAAAGAUGCUCUUGAUAAGGAUGAAAUCUUACCAACACACAAAGACGUUAAUAGUCAGCAUCUACGCCAAAAACUUCAAAAUUUAACUGAUCUGGACGAAAACGAAAGUUCUUCGCAAGAAAGACUCAAAAAAAGAUGUGAAAAGGAUCAUUCCCAAAGGAAAGGGUUGAAUCCAAAUACCACUGAAAAAAACUCAAUACCUUACCCAUCAACUUCAUUCAACUUAAGCAGAGGAGAACACACUUUCCUUUCAUUCCGUAAUAGAUCAAAUAUCUUACCUCCACAAUUAUCUAAAGCAGAGAUAGAACAUACAGGUUUGGACUUAUUAUCACUUCGUGCUUUCGAUCAACUGGCAACAGCACGAAGUUCGAUGAACUCAGUGUCUUAUCCGAUAAAUAAUAAAAUAUACCGUCGUGUGGACAUGCAUUCCAAACUGAUGGUACGUAAAGAAAUCCUGUCUAGAAACUCAUUUCCUCGAUCGCCAAUAAAGUCACCAAGUAAACAAAAAUAUCUGAAUAACUUCACUUUGACUAACAAAAGGCAAAAUAAUUCUGUCUGGAAAUUUAGUAUGAACAACAUUAACUUCAAUCAGAUGGACAGAAAUAUAGAUAAAACUAGACAUAUAGUUCAAACAAAAACUCGACUUCUAGGUGAAAACCCCUGUUUUAAAAACAUUUUACGUCAAUCGUUACCAACAACCAUCAGCGAACCAGAUAGAAGAAAGAACGAAAGUGUAACGAGGUCUGAUGUAGAAUUUACUUACCGAAUGAAAGAAAUAAAGUUCAGGGAUUCUCCUAAACGACUUACUUCCCCACCCAUGCAUCCAAUAUGGGAUACGCCUGAAAAUCUUCGAACAUCAAAGUAUGACUUUUUGGUCAUUAAACGUUACAAUCACUGAAAACUUAUAUGUUAGCGUUUUUGCGUUUCACCAACUUCUUGUGUGUUUGAUUUCUUAUCAACCAUUUAUAAACAAAUUGUGUGACGAAAAG